GCAUUUUAAAUAUAUCUAUGUGCAGUUCUUUGAUUAAACUGAAACAGAAUAAAUUUUACACAAUCGGUUACAAUAAAAUACACUUCUUCUAGUAGUGAUAUUUUUGUUUACUUUUGGUUUGACCAUGCCUUUCUUUUUCUUAUUUAUUCUAGCUGUAACAAUAGAAAUUACUCUAGGAGUGUGUACAGUUGAUAAUGUACAAAAUUCCCAAGGAGAAAUUAUGAGUGGGCACUACCUUUCUUGUAAAUUUGAAAAUAUAUCUUCAGAUUUGUACAGAAAAGUUCAACCAUAUUUUUUUCAUCUUGGGUACAACGGUAUAGAGUGGUUGGAAAUCAGUGACACCGAUAAUCGUAUUUUGUCAUUGGAGGGUUAUUUGAAGUUUCCCGUGAAUGAUUUAAGAAUAUAUAACGCAAAUAUUCACGAAAUUUAUCAUAACGCUUUUUCAGACUUAGAAUCUUAUCUGAGCAGGUUAUCAUUAAAAAAUAACAAACUUUCAAGUAUAGAAGAUUAUUAUUUUAAAGGUUUGCACUUAACAUACUUAGAUUUAAGUUUCAAUAACAUUAGCAAUAUAAAUGAAAACAGUUUCAUAGAUUGUGGAACUUUAGAAACGCUGAUCUUAAAAAAUAAUUUUCUUUCUGAAUUACCACCCAAUUUAUUCAAGAGGAGUCUAACAAGUCUAACUCAUUUAGAUAUUUCGUUUAACCAAAUUCUUAGUCUCGACAAUCAGAUAUUUUUUAGUUUAAACUCACUAUUUGAAUUACGUAUAAAUAAUAAUUAUUUAAACGAUUUGGAUAAAAAUAUACUCAGUGAAAAUAGAAAUCUGGCUUAUUUAUAUAUUAACAACAAUCAAUUUCGAGGUUUUCAUAAUUUAAAUUUACCAACUUUAUCUAUUACUUUUAUUAAUGCUAGUCAUAAUACAAUCAAUUUUUUCAAUUUUUCAAGUAAUAUCAAUAUUAGGACGUUAGAUUUAAGCUCGAACGGUAUAACAUCAACCAAAAAUGUAUCACUUGCAAAUGCAACUGUAAAUCGGUUACUUUUAGAUAAUAACAACUUGGAAUCAACUCAUGACACUUUUUUUAUUUCUUUUCCAUUACUGUCAGACUUUUCACUAACUAAUAAUAAAUUAAAACAACUAAAUCGCAACUUCAAAAAUACUACAAAGCUAGUAAAAGUAAACCUUGCAAAAAAUUAUUUACGUAGCAGUGACCUCUUAAAUUUACCUAAAUCACUUAACUAUUUACACCUUAGUUUUAACAAUUUAACAGAAAUUGAGUUUAAUUCUUUACAUGAUUUGAAAAUGUUAAAAGUUCUUUGUUUAGAUCACAAUCAAAUUCGAAAAAUUGAUUUGGGAUCGUUUAAGGAUUUAAAUCAGCUGAUUAAACUCGAUUUGUCAAAUAACGAAAUUUAUGUUUUAGAGAUAGGUGUUUUUGUUGGGCUAAAUGCUUUGCAACACAUAGAUUUAUCAUUCAAUAGAUUACAUCAAGUUAGUGGUAACGUUUUUUAUAAUUUACGAUCUUUGAAAGUGAUAAAUUUAAGCAAAACUAAAGUUACAUACAAUGAGUUGGAAGCAAUUUUAUUACAUUUACCAAACGUAGAAAAAAUUGGUUUAGCAGAAAACGGAUGGUCUUGUUCACGUAUAGUUGAUAUUAUGCACAAAUUUGGUAAAAAAGUUAUAGAUGUGGGGGACUAUACCACAACUAAUGUCGAUGGUGUGGCUUGUAAUUUACAAGUACAAGACUCAUCAAAUUUGAGUCACUUGGAAACAGCAAAUACAAAUAUAGUCGAUGGAGUGGCUUAUAAACACGAGGACAUACAAAAAACAAAAAAUUUAAGUCGUUUAUUAGAAAUUGUCAAUUUAUCUGAUUCUAAAUUACAUACGAUUGAAGUUUUAUUAAUAUUUCUUAAUGUCUUCAUAGGCAUACUGUUUUUAAAUAUUUUAUAUUUAAGUUUUAUAUGGAUUGCAUUUAUCCGUAAAAGUAAUAAUAACAAAAACGCAAGAAUAAAUAGUGAUCAAGAACUGCAGCUGAUUAGUUGCUCUUAAUUUUAUAUACAUUCAAAAAAUGUGAUUAUUAUUAAUAUUUUUAUAAAAAUAAUAUUUUUUUUACACAUUAAAAAAGGAAGUGUAUUACGAGUGAGUAUUCACAUAUUAGUUUCUGAGGACAAUGUAUUUGUAAAUUUUUGUAAUUUAAAUAAAUAUAUGUAUAUAAUUUUA